AUGCCUUCGCUCCCCUGGAGUAAGUCGAAUCGCUCGCACUCGUCUGUCGAAACCUCGUCCGGCCACCCGUCUCCAGUGCCUUCGGGGCCUGGGUCUACACUCGCCGUCAACGAGACGGGCGCGAGAUACCCACCCUCGGAGCAGCUUGCGCAACAGCAGCAGCCUGCGCAGAUCCCAGCGGGCGUUCCCCAACCGCCGCAGUUUCGGCAGCAACAGCAGCCGUUCCCGCAGCGCGCAACGAGCCAUCGCCAUUCCUCGGGCAUUGCGCUCGACCAGCAGACGCUCCAGCAGCUACAGGGCGGUCCGCAGCCUACCCAGGGCUACGACCAGCAGCCCCGCAGAGGUUCCUACCAGCCGCAGUCCUCAUACACGCCCGAGCCUAAGAAGCAAGGCCUCCGCAGCCGCCUCGGGCUUACAAGCCACAAAGACGAGGACCGCUCCAAGUCAAGCAAGGUUGGCCGGCGACAAUCGGUGCGCAAGAGCGACCCGCGCGAGCUCGAAUUCCGGCAGCGCGAGGAGGAGCACCGCCUGCGGGCUGCGCAGUGGAACCAGCGGCACGGGCAGCACGGCGGGUCCAGCUCGCAUCUCGCGCCCUCGGACGAGCACGACGAGGACGACCUCGACCCAUUCCUGCAACAGGAGGACGAGCAGCCCCGAGUGCCGCCGAAAGACGCGCAAUUCCAGCAUCCGCAGCAGUACUCGCCCAACCCGCACCAGGAGCAAUAUAAUCGGCCCCCACUCGCUAGAGUGAGCACGGAGGGAAGUUAUCACGCCCAAGGCGGGGUAGACCACUACAGCCCCGAACACCAGGGUCUGCAACCACAACAACACCCGCCCUCGUACCAGAACUACCAGCAGCCCCCUGGCCAGCGCCCCUCUAAUCCAAACGACUACCAAGCCUACCCGCCCCCGCAGAACGCACCCAGCCCGCUCGUCGGCGGCGCACAAGUGCCUCCUCCGCCGCAGCAGACCUACUACCAGUACCAAGCCCAGCAGGCCGCGCAGCUCGCGCAGCAGCAAUCGCCGCAGGGACCGCCAGAGCCGCAGGUGCAGAACCCUCGCUACUCGCAGCAAUCGCAGCCUUCCCCACAACAGCCUCAGCCGCACCAGGGCCAAGACUUCCAGCAGGUGCAGCACGGUCGCUCGCCGUCGCAAGCACAGGGCGAGCCCAACGCCCCUCCGCCCUCGCAAACAGUCCCCCAGAUUGUGCAGGGUGGUCAGCCGAUUGACGGCCAACACUCGCAGCAGCUCCGCCCCCCGUCAUCGCACGCGUCGCUUGCCCCGCCGUCGCCCCUCCAAUCACAGCCUCCCACUUUCCAGGCUUACGACCAGCAGGGACAGCCGUCCCCAUCCACUGAUCUUCACUCGCAGAGCGUAACGCCGCCGCAGCAAGACAACAUGGCUCCGGCGAACAGCGGCCAGCGCAAUACCUUGAGGAAGGUCAACGAUGGUGGCCAGCAACAGGCUCCGCCCUCGAGGGAGAGCUCUCUCCUCCAGCAGAGCUCAACACAAGGUCAGGCUCAAGGACAACCGCCUGUAUCGCCGGGCAUUCAGACUUUUGGCGCUAACGUCGUGCCAACAGCAUCGCAGGGGCAGCCAUACAGGGGAGAGAAGGGCCAGACCUCGCAAAGUGGAGAGAUGGGACGGGCCACACCACCGCCGCGCACUACGACAGACAUGUCGGACGACGAGAUAGCUCAAUUGGUCAAAGAACACGACGUUUUGCGUGAAAAAUACCAAAAAGUAAAGCGAUACUUCUUCGAGCAGCAAACCCAAGUGCACCAACUUCAGAACACCCUCGCGAACCAACGUCUCUCCUUGUCACGCACGUCAUGGGAUGACAGCGAAUAUGGCACUCGGUUCAACAGGCUUGAUGGUUUGAUAGCCCAGCUUUCCUUCGCAAUUCGCAAGGAUUGGAAGGCGAUACCACCCUGGCUGCAGCCUGUCGUGAACAAGACUGCCGUAGAAACUGGCAAACAGGAGAUGACUGCGGUCGGACGUGCUUUCAUCUCGCAAUGGCUGGUCGAAAACAUAUUCGACAAGUACUUUCAUCCUGAUCUAGAGACGGGGCUCUCGACACAGCUGAAAACCAUUCAACUCAAUAUACGGAAAUAUGCUGCAACCUGCCACACCACUGAAGACGAAGAUGCUUUGAAUGCGAAGGUUAUCAACUGGCGGCUGGCAACCCUAGAAGGAUUGGCCGAUCAAUUGAAAGCUGCCCAAUCAGGACCGAAUCGAGCAACAUUGACCGAAACACUCAACGAGAAGCUCAUCGCUUCUAUACAGAUGUAUCUCAACGACCCUGCGCCACCUGACCUAAAUGGAGGAGUUCCUAUGAUUGUGGAGCUAGCCAUAAGUGUCGCACAGCAUCUUCCAUUGGAAAGCAGAGAGGUCCAGAUUGAUUACUUCUACCCUGGACAAGCCCUCGUGUCCGAAUUCAUGAAGAUGGAGUCUGGCAUUCCUGCUUUGACAGACCCUAUUCGAGAAAUCGACGAAACGGAUCGUGCUUCUUUGCGAAGUGUCGCUUCUAAGUUGGAUGACAACGCAUCAAUUGGCGAGCCCGAACAGUCAAGCCAGCAGCCUAGUAAGGAGCCAGCAGACAAGAAACGCAGCAUGUUCGGAUUCGGUGGGUCAAAGAAGCCAUCCCAGAAUCAAGCUACACUGGGUAAGUCGCUGGGUCACCAGCCUAAUCCAAGCCAGCAAAGUCUGUCGCAGUCCACCAAAGACGACGCUCCUCAACCGAGGGUUCGCUUGUCCGUUGGAGUAGCGGUGCAAAUUCGCGGCAAGAGCAUUUUAAUUAAGGCCCCAGUGUACAGCACCUGA